AUGGAUUUCAUUGGGCCAUUGGUAGGUGUUAUUGAUACAUAUCUGAUUGCUCCCUUUGUUCGACAGAUAAACUACUUGAGAAGCUCCCAUGACAAUGUCAAUGGCCUGCAAACAGUAGUUCAAAAUCUGACAGCAAAGAUGAAGGAUGUGGAAACCACUCUAAAAGCAGAAGAAAACUCUGGACAAGUGAAGACUGCCGUAGCAAGCAAUUGGUUCGAAGCCGUCGAUGAAAUCAAAGAGGAAGCCAAAGUCAUAGAGAAGGAGUAUAGUGAAGGGACUUGUGCAGGGGGUUGGUGUGUGAACUGCUGGUCACGCUACAAAAUGAGCAAGAAGUCUGCAAGACUCAAGGUAAAGGCAAUUGUUAGGCUCGAUGAACAAUUUGAUGUGGCAAGGCCACCUUCUCCAAAGACUGUUAUAGAGAUGCCAAACGAACCAAUAAUUGAGAAUCAACCAUCAACUCAAGGCAUGCUGCAACUGAUGCUUGAUUGCAUAGGUGAUCCAGAAAUUGGCAUUGUUGGAGUAUAUGGUAUGGGGGGAGUUGGUAAAACCACUCUGGCCAAAGAAGUAAAUAAUCACUUCAAAAAUGAUCCUUGUUUUGAUACUGUAAUAAUGGUCACUGUGUCUGCCACUCCCAACAUACGAAAUAUCCAAACCAGUAUCAGUAAGCGACUCGGAUUACCGGAAAAUAGUGAGAAUGAUGCAUUGUUCAAUGCCCUAAGGAAGAAGAAAUUUCUUCUAAUUUUGGAUGAUGUGUGGUGUGAAUUAAGGCUAGAGGAUGUUGGAAUCCCUCGCCCUCCAAACGAAAAAGGGAGCAAGAUUCUUGUGACGAGUCGAAAUCAAGAUAUCUGCACUGAUAUAGGUGCUAGAAAAACAGUAGAAGUGAAGCCAUUAUCAAAAGCUGAAUCAUGGGAUCUCUUUGUUGAAAAAGCAGGUGAACAUGUUUCUGCCGAUGGUGUAAAAUACUUUGCUGAAAAAAUUGUUGGAAGGUGUAAGGGUCUUCCCCUUGCAAUUGUCACUGUGGCUCGAGCAAUGGCAAAUCGUCGUGGAGUUGGGGUGUGGGAGAAUGCCUUAAGGGAAAUGAAGCAUCUCCGAGGUAUGAUAGAUAAAGUAUUUGUUCCUUUGAAAUUCAGUUUUGAUAGCUUGGAGAAUGAUAUGCUUAGGAAUCUAUUUCUUUAUUGUGCCUCUUUCCCUGAAGACAAUAACAUAGAGGUAGAUGAGAUGUUAAAUUAUUGCAUUGGAGAGGGAUUAGUAGAUGAAUUAGGGAGUUUGAAAGCUGCUAGGGAUAAUUGUAUGGAUCUGAUUGAGAGCUUGAAAAUUGCUUGCAUGUUAGAAGAUGGAGAGAUUAAAGGUAGUGUGAGGAUGCAUGAUAUCAUGCGGCAGCUUGCACUUUGGAUUACUUCUUCAGAGUACUCUGAUAGUAGUAGCCCCAAGUUAUUGAUAAGGAUUGGUAAAUCAUUUAAAGAGGCACCACAGGCUCCUGAGUGGGUAGAUGCAACAAUGAUUUCUCUAUAUGAUACCCAAAUAGAGAAGUUGCCAGAGUUGGGAGAGACAUGCCAAAAACUAACUACUUUGCUACUCAUGUGGAAUAGGAUUCUAACUGUUAUUCCCCCAACAAAUUUCUUGCAACAUGUGGAUCAUCUUAGUGUACUCGAUCUUUCUUUCUCAGAGAAGUUGGAAUAUCUCCCAGAUUCCUUAUCAUGUUUGGUGAAACUUCGGGUGCUUAGGCUAAAUUCCUGUCAAAGUUUGAGAUCAUUGCCUGCAUUGGGAAUGCUCCAACAGCUCCAAGUUUUAGAUUUGGGUUGGUGUUCAGUGUUGGACCAACAAAUCCUCGGAUCUGAAUGCGUGGGAGGUUUAAGUAAUUUAAGAUACUUGAAUGUGGAAGUGAGCAAAGUUUCUAUUCCAACAGGGGUAAUUUCUCAUUUGCACAAACUGGAGGAAUUGAGAUUUUUUAGAGCCAAUAAAAUAAAAUGGUGUGUGAGUUCUGCUGAAGAUGAAAAAUGGGACAAAAAGGAAGAGAGAAGUGGGUCUAGUACCAGUGACUCCUUCAUUGUUGAUGUGAGGGAGUUGUCCGAGUUGACUUAUUUAACCUCUCUUUCCUUUUCCUUCGAAGAUAUCAUUAUCUCUUACUGGUUCAAACCUUUGGCCAAGAAGAUUACAUGGUUGUCUCUGAAACGUUGCAGAGUCAUAAAACAAGAAGCUCUAGAAGAUCUCAAUGAAUCCCAAAAUCUUCAGUACUUAACAAUUGAGGAUUGCCCAGGUGUGAAAUGUGUGCGCAUUAGUGUUGGAUUUACCAAAUUAAUAAACUGUGAAGACUUGGAAAUGGUGUUGGAUGAGGAGGAGGAGGUCUACCAUCACCAAAAUCCCUUCAUUGGUAGGAGAUUAGACCUAAGAAAAUUGCCAAAAUUGAAAAGGAUAUGUGGUAGUUCUAUCACACCACUAAAUUGUUUUGGUCAACUUUCAUGGAUAGGAAUAGAGCAAUGCAAUAGCUUGAAGAUGGUCUUCACAAAGGGAAUGCCAGGCUUGUUCAACAACUUGAUACAUAUUAGGGUUUAUUCUUGCAACAGAAUGGAAGUAAUAAUUGAAGAAGCAGAGGAAGAAGAAGAAGAAGUUAAUGGUGCCAGGGGAGUCAUCUCAACCUUCCCGAGACUGAUGACUUUAGAGUUAGAUAACCUACCAAUGCUAGUUGAUGUGUGCAGAAACCAUAUCUUGCAUUGCCCCCUUAUAGUAGAUGUGCAUGUGAGCAAGUGUCCGAGUUUAAAGAAGGAUCCUCUUCACAUACAAAACGCGAACGGGUUACUUGUCAUCGAGGGGGAGCGUUGGCUAGGAGACAUUAAAGUCAUGGAAGAUGAAAUCCAAGCUUAUUCUCUGUGA